GCGAGGCCCGCUCCGGGUAGGCGGGGCUGCGGGGCGCAGGGUAUAAAAGUCGGCCCCGAGGUCCGGGCUCAGCUCGCUCCCUCCUCCUCCUCGUCGCCGACCGUCUCUCCAGCGCUCCGUCCUCCAGCAGCCAGCAUGGUGCACUGGACGCCCGUACAGACGCAGCUGAUCACCGCCCUCUGGAGCGAGGUGGACGUGCUCGAAGUGGACGCUGCCACCCUCGGGAGACUGCUGGUGGUGUACCCCUGGACCCAGCGCUACUUCGCCCACUUCGGGAACCUCUCCGGCCCCAGCGCCAUCUCCGCCAACCCCCUGCACGUGGACCCCGGGAACUUCAGGCUUCUGGGCAACGUCCUCAUCAUUGUCCUGGCCGGCGACCAUGGGAAAGAGUUUACCCCCAGCACCCACGCCGCCUUUCAGAAGCUGACCAAUGUGGUGGCCCACGCCUUGGCCUACCGCUACCACUAGGCCUCCCAGUAGGCAUGGCAGCCGCCUGCCCCCCCUCGCCAUGCCUGGAGCCCCUCCUAGCCCACGGAAGACGCAAUA